AUGACGUGUUCAUGUCAUAAACUUUUGUUUUUUUUGUUUUUGUUUUUUUAAAUUGUUCCCAUCAACACAAUUUUUCUUCUUUAAAUUACUGAGCUCGUAGAGUCUCACAAACACGCAUUUUCUUAGUUAUCAAAACAGUUCAUGCAAGUUUUCAUUUCCUCAUUCUGCCAUGGAAAUUGGGUCUGAAAACUACGUGAAAACACCGCUCUUUUCUCGCAGUUGGCGGUGGUUGAAGACUCUGCCGGAGAAGUUAAAAGCCGAGGUGGUUAAGAUUGCUAGGAAUACUAAAAAGAUUGGACAAGAUGAUCCAAGAAGAGUAAUUCAUUCAUUCAAAGUAGGGCUAGCACUCACUUUGGUUUCAUUACUAUACUACUUUCAACCUGUUUACAACAGUUUUGGGAUCUCUGCAAUGUGGGCUGUAAUGACUGUGGUGGUGGUUUUUGAAUUCUCUGUUGGUGCGACCCUUGGAAAAGGCAUAAACAGAGGAUUAGCAACAUUGGUAGCUGGUGGUCUAGGUGUUGGGGCUCAUCACUUGGCUAGUAUAUCUGGAAAGAUUGGCGAGCCCAUACUAAUUGGAUUAUUUGUCUUCCUCCUAGCUGCAGCAGCAACAUUUAUAAGAUUCUUUCCCAAAGUGAAAGCCAGAUAUGAUUAUGGGUUGUUGAUAUUCAUAUUGACAUUCAGUUUGGUAUGUGUCUCUGGUUUUCGAAAUAAUGAGAUUUUGGAAUUGGCUCACCAGAGACUCUCUACUGUUCUUAUUGGUGCGACUGCUUGUGUCAUUGUCUCCAUUUUUGUUUGUCCUGUCUGGGCUGGUCAAGACCUUCACAAUCUAGUUUCUCUCAAUUUGGAAACACUUGGCAGCUUCUUAGAAGGAUUUGGAGAUGAAUAUUUUAGAACAUCUGAGAGUGAAGAUGGCAAAGACGACAAGUCAUUUCUCCAAGCUUACAAAAAUGUUCUCAACUCCAAAACCAGUGAGGAAACCUUGGCAAAUUUUGCAAAAUGGGAACCACGCCACGGCCAUUUCAUGUAUUGCCAUCCAUGGAAUCAAUACCUGAAAAUUGGAACCCUCACUCGACAAUGCGCUUACCGGAUUGAAGCUCUUAACGGCCACCUUAAUUCCAAGACUCAAGUAAUGCCAAAAAUCAGUGAACAUUUUCAGGAAAUAUGUAUAAAAAUGAGCUUGGAAUCUGGAAAAGCUCUGAAGGAUCUAGCAUUAGCCAUCAAGACAAUGACAGAACCGUGCUCUGUCGAUCCCCACAUUAAAAACUCAAAAACUGCUUCGAAACGCUUCCAAUCCUUGCUUGAAUUGGACUUGUGGGAAGACCUCAACCUCCUUGAAGUAAUACCGGUUGCCACAGUGGCUUCACUCCUAAGUGAUAUUGUUGUCUGUACAGAGAAAAUUGCUGAGUUGGUUCACGAGCUUGCAACUUUAGCACAUUUUGAGAGCGUAGAUUUCAAAGAAACACAAGAGAAAUCAAAAGUAAAUCAAUGUGGUCGUUUAGACCAUAUUGCUGUAACAGCUGAUGGUUCUAGUCAGCUUGUGAAAGUGUAAUGUAGUAA